UCGGGUUGGUAUUGUUGGGUGUUUUGUUCUCCCACUCCCCAGUAGGUGGGGUGGUUGUGUGUUGUUACAUUGUGGUAGUUCAGUUCCUAACAUGCAGUGUACCAAGUCUGUUCUCAUCGCUGUAACACUGCUGUUACUAUUGGCUCUACUGGCGUGCUCUCUCGUCUUCUACACUCAUAGUUCAGAUUCUUGCCCAGAAGGAGCGUUCCCCUGCCUGAACUCCUCUUUGUGUAUACCUCAACACUUCAUCUGCAAUCAUCAUGUGGACUGUCCACUGGCUGACGAUGAACACAUACUCAGAUGUGCUGAUGUGUAUGGGUACACUAAUGAGUUCAUUGGAAAUCUAAAGCGAAGCAACCUGUCAACAGAUUGUAAGUUGGCAUCGUACCCAGCGACUUGUGACUGUGGGGACGAGACGGCUCUAUGGUGCAAGGACAGAGGGUUGACUGACGUACCUCAGAAAGUAUCUCAGGAUGUAAGCAAAAUGAUUUUAGCAAACAACUCCAUAGUUCUAACACAAGACUCGUUCGCCAAGUUCUGCUGUAUUACUGUCAUACAUUUGGAAGGAAACAACCUGCAAACAAUACCUGACAAAGCGUUUAACAACCAAACAAGACUGAGAAACUUGUUACUACAGAGGAAUGAGCUGGUAUCUCUGCCACCAUGUUUAUUCUGUGGAUUGAAACAAUUGAGGUGGCUUUUCCUCCAUCACAACAAACUACAGUUUAUGAACAUGCACACUUGGCGGGACUUAGUCAAACUAAAAUGGCUUGAGUUGAUGCACAACCAAAUUACUUUGGAGCACGAGUCCUUCCCUUUCCUGCCGUCUUUAAAAAUGCUAAACCUUGCCCACAACAAUAUACAAACUAUACGGAACGACACUUUUUCUGAACUUCCCCAGCUUUCAGAAUUAGAUCUGAGACACAACUUGGUGCAGUACAUUCAAGAAAAUUCUUUCCAUAAACUGUGGAAUCUGGAUUAUUUGGAUUUGUCCCAUAACUGUCUUCAUGUUCUAGAUGAAAAGGUCUUUUCCUACCUACAAUCACUUGACAAACUAAUGUUGGGACACAACCCACUUCAGAAAGUUCCAGGCAAGUUGUUUGAUCCUCUUGGAAACUUAUCUUCUUUGGAUUUACAAGAUAUUGAAAUCGAGCACAUUGAUACAACAAUGUUUCAAAGGAUGGGAAAACUCGAUUUUGUGUACUUCAAACAAUAUUACUAUUGCACAUAUGCACCAAAUGUUCCUAAAUGCUCACCUAACUCUGAUGGUCUAUCUUCAUUUGAGAACUUACUAUCCAAACCCAUACAGCGUAUAACUGUUUGGUUGGUCGCGACGUUUACUUGCGUCGCAAAUAUUUUGGUGAUUUUGGGAAGAUUCACCGCUCGAGAUGAAAAUCAAGCUUUGAGUUUUGUCGUUCGGAAUCUAGCAGUAUCGGACCUUCUGAUGGGUGUAUACUUAGUGAUGAUUGCUUACAAGGAUCUCAGCUAUAGAGGGAGUUACAACAACCACGCUCACCAGUGGAUGUCUUCUGUUGCUUGUACGCUCAGCGGCAUCGCAGCUAUGGUCUCGUCUGAGGUUUCAGUUCUAAUCCUGGCGUUCCUGAGUCUGGAGAGGUUUUUGUUGAUCGCUGUCCCCUUCAGUGGCCAUCAGAAGUUAAACAUGUCAACAGCUACUUACUCGUUGGCUACCAUCUGGGCCGUAGGGAUCAUCGUAGCUGUGGCCCCAGUGCUACACGGGAAGAAUUCUACGAGAUUCUAUGGAACCAACGGGAUGUGUUUUCCGCUACACAUUGACAUACCGUUUCUGAUGGGAUGGCAGUACUCGGCUUUUGUCUUUCUUGGUGUCAACACAACAGUCAUGGUUCUGAUGGUGAUCGUUUACUCAGCCAUGUUCCAUAGUAUAGUCAAGACCCGCACUGCCACCACCAUCAGUCUGGGGGAUUCAGAAUUCGCUGUUCGUUUUUUCCUCAUCGUGUUGACCGAUGCCCUCUGUUGGGCUCCGAUAACUGUCAUAAAAAUUCUCGCUUUAUGUAGAGUUCACAUUCCAGGUUCGCUGUAUGCUUGGGUCGUAGUGUUUGUUCUGCCAGUCAACUCUGCCAUCAACCCCUUACUGUAUACCUUCACAACCCCCAAGUAUUGCAAGAUCAUCAAGAACCUUGGGGGCAUCAUUACUAGGCGGAGUCUGUAUAGUUCCAGGAAGCAUUUAAGUGCUGACACAGAAUCAUCGAUGGUAUCCAACAAACGUAACGCCGUUUGUCUCUCGUCAGUAGAGAGAAAGAGUUCUGGCGAACGGAAGGAAAGCGACUCUACAGUGAAGCAGCUGCAAACAUCCAAACUUGAGACUUAUGCUGAAGAGGCACUUUAAAUGUGUCUUGAAAGUUGAAUACACAAUAUCAAUGUUCCAGCAAACUUAGAUUAUAGAAUAUGUUUUAAGAUUGUUUAUGUAACCCUGGAUAUAUCAAGGAAGAAGGUUACACAAUUAACUUACCUAAGAAAAGAGUUUCAGUUGAAAGCUCACAAAAGUUCACACACCUACUUUUACUUAUUUCUUCUGAAGAAGCCCCUUGAAUGGCUGGAAUGUCCAGUUAGUUUUAUCAUGAACUUUUUUUGUGCUGGCAAUUGCUUGGAACUCUUUCCUUAGGUAUUGUAUAUCCAUCCCUUCUCUACUCCUAAGCCAAUUGCUUUUUCAUAAAAAAAAAAACUAACUGAUAAAACCGUGAGUAACAUUAUUUUAAUGACAUUUUUUAUUUGUUAAACAUGUUGUACAGAUUACUUACUUACUUACUCCUGUGGCCAUUGGAAACCUAGGUGGUUUAUGGCCUCACCAACCAUGUGCCUCCAAGCUCUUCUAUCCUCUGCCAGCUCCAAGUCUGCUCCCAUUCCUCUCAAGUCCUUCGUCACCUCAUCAACCCAUCGCAUUCUUGGUCUACCUAAUGGUCUCCUUCCUUCUGGUAUACCUCUGAGUACCAUCUUUACCAUCUCUCUCUCACUUCUACGGUUGAUGUUGUACAGAUUCUUAGACACAAUUGUAUUAUUAUUACCCUGUUGUGUUAGUGGUGAUUGAAAUACAUUCAGUUGUAUUAACCAUGGCCAGUGGUUUUGGUAAAAGUAAGUUUAUGUACGGAUUUUUAAACACAAUUUUAUUAUUUGUUGUGUUUACGGUGAUUGAGAUACAUUUAGCUCAAGUAUAAGUUACCUAGCCAGUGGUUUUAGUAAUAGCAAGUUUUGUCAUAUGUGAUAUAUUAAUCCUAACAUUUCCUUUUUACUCUAAAAUAAGGUUUGCAAUGUUUUGUUAUCAAAAUUGUAGACAUUGACAGUAAUGAACUAUUAUCAAUGUGAUUGUAAAAUUGUAAAAAUAAAAACCAC